AAAUUAAAUAUUCUAUUAAUGUGUUAAUAAACAAAAAGUGGAUACAAUAUACAAUGGAUUAAGAGUGUAUACAAUUUUAAAUAUCAAAUAAAUAGUGAAGAUAUAUCAUAAUUGGCGCAACUACUAAACAAUGAAAAUGCCUAUUGUAAUAAUAUAAUUAUAUUCCUCAUGAUCUUAGUAUUUAUAGUACAUAUCCAAUCACUAAUAACCACUUAUAACUUAAAAUCAUUGGAUAGAUCUGCAGUUAUGAGUCGCUGUUUGGAUUUACUCAUUCAUAACAAAUGGAAUUUUUAAAUGAAAUAAUCCAGAGAAUGAUGUUGAUAUUGCUCAGGGAACGAGUUAUCACUUUUUUUCUGCUAUUGCUGCUAAUGUCACCAAUGCUGUACUCGCACGAGAGUGCUAGUGACACAUCAAAAAAGACAACAGGAUAUACUCGUAGUAUUAUUUUAGCAAAUCUGUGGAAUCGUUUCGAUUUGGGAUGGUCUUUACCUGUAAAUUCAUUAUAUUCUCAAAAACAAGAAUUUACUUUCCGACAUUUUGAUUCUUCUACAACUAUCAAUACUGCAGUAUCAUUUCUUGCACCUGAUAAGUCAAAAACAUCGAUUGCUGACCAUAUUACAACUGUCAAUACUGCAAAUCAAAUGCCAAUUCAAAUAGAUAUUAUGACUGUUAACCAACGUUUUACGCGUUCAUUAGAAACAAAUGUGAUAAAAAUUGAUACUGUAACAGUAUCUUCGAGUAUAGAUAAUAUUACUCGUCGAUAUAGAAGAGAAGAUCAAAAUAAUUGUUACAAAUUUGAAGAAGGUGAUCCAGUAAAAAAAGAAUUUUAUAGUCCUAAUUAUCCAGAGCCAUAUCCAAAAAAUAUAAGUUGCUUCAAGGUUUUAGAAGCUGAUCCAGGGAUGGUGAUUAAAGUAGAAUUUCGAGAUAAUUUCGAACUUGAAGAUCAAGAAAAUUGCACCUAUGACUUUUUAGAGGUGCGUGAUGGAAAAUAUGGUUAUUCGCGGUUUAUUGGAAAAUUUUGUCGUGCUUUCCCAUUUCCAGAAAUUACGUCGAGUUCAAGAUAUCUGUGGCUUUAUUUUCAAAGUGACAACAGUAUUCAGGGAAUUGGAUUUCGUGCGGUAUGGAGUAUGGUUCCAAGGCCCGCAGUUAAAACCCCAGAAUCGGUAGAGUGUCUGUUAAAUGUAACAAAUCUAUUAGAAUAUGAAAUAAAAACAUCAGAAAUUACUGCCCAAAAAAGGAUAGCCACAGAACUAGGUACUGAAUUAGAUUGCAUAUGGAACAUCACCGUACCAGAAGGUUGGAAGAUUCAAAUGACAUUUCCUCAAUUUCAUCUUGAUAAACCGAAUGAAUGCGAUAUUAAUUAUGUCCAAAUCUACGACAAAGAGCCAUCAAAGACAAAUAAUCCAUCUCUUAUAAAUAAUUUUUGUGGUAGUAUUGCUGAUUUGGUAACAAGUAAAGGAAAUGAAGCAUAUCUUAGAUUUUUUGUUACAAAAGCUGCUAUGAAUAGUAGUUUUGAAGCUAUUAUGACUGCGGUUCGUGAAAAAGAAAGCAAAGAUAAGGGUUGCAACAUUGAUGAAUUUGAUUGUCAAGAUGCCUGUAUUUCUGAUAAAUUACGUUGUAAUCAUCGCCCUAACUGUCGGUAUCGUUUCGAUGAAGAUGCAGAUAUCUGUAAUACGAAAAGCACAGGAUUAAAUGUAAAUUCUGAGCAUGUUAUCAUCAUUCUUAUUGUAUUUACGUUGCUCAUGUCUGGACUAUGUUUUACAUUUAUAUUGAAUUGUGUGAAAAAACUUAUUCGUGAUCAUCGAAUUAUUAAGGAGCAUAUUCGACAAUCACGUGAAAAUCGUCUAGAUGAGUUUGGUCGUAAAGCCAGCCCUUGCCUUAUAACAGAGCUAUGCACCGAAAUUGGUAAUAAUGAUCAAUGUCAUAGUAACGAGUUGCCAACUUUUGAAGUAUUAUCAAAGCCUAAAGAAUUAAUUUCGCACGUGACAAUAAAUGGACAGGAUUAUGAAAAGGAACAGAACAUGAGACUAUCUGUUGAUCUUAAUGAUAUUCAUCAAAGUAAUAAUGUUAGUAAUGCAACGCAAGAAAGACUACAAGAAUCCAGUGAAGAACGAGAAAUGCACGAUAUGGAAUGUCAGACAAGAGAAAGUCUUUUCGCUUCUGAUUUCAUUCUUAAACCUGCCCAUCCUGAAUUUACAACAUUUAGCUUUCAAACACCUAAUUAUCGAAGCAAGCUGUCAUUUGAUUACUAUCCGAUUUACGAAUAUCGCGAUCAUACGUAUCCACAUCAACAAUCACAAUCGUAUAAUUACUAUCAGGAUGAUAUGAAUCAACAAGUUAUAAAAAAUAAUUUUAAGACACUACCUGAAAAGAUUGAACAGGAUCCGAUUCAACGUCAAUAUUCGACCAAUUAUCCAUCUAAUCAAUUGUCAUCGAAGUUAUGUUUAAAGCACAGUUCAACACCUAUUGUACCGGCACCUCCUGGAUGGUCUUCUCAUGGAUCUACUUAUAAUUCUAGUGAUCGAGUAAAUUUUCAACGAUUAUCUAUCACUAGCUCUACAAAGGUUACUAAUGAAGAAUCGAAAAAUUCUUUCAUUUCUCGUAGUAAUAAAAUUUCGCCUAACAUUAGUAUUCAUAAAAAAAUAAGUAGUUCUGAUGAAAAUUAUGAAUGUACAUAUGAUAAUACCGAAAAAAGUCAUUCAGUAAGUAGUGGGAGUAUUUCACAGAGGUCUGGAAUAGCUAAACCAAUCAAAUGUCCACAAAAAGUAGACUCACAAUUCACGACUGAAGCUGUUAUCGAGGUAGAUAAAAAAAGACCGUUUAGUAUAGAAAGUACUAAAAGUGCACCUGACGUUAUUGCAACACAUUGACGUAAGUGUAUUGAAGAGUGGAAGCCAUAUACGUAAGCUUCAGAAAUA